UCGGAGGUUCAAGACAUUUUGUCACAACUCGGCGCUAUAGUUGGUCGAAAAAAUCUGACCGACUUUGGCAGCUGUAAGUAGGAGGUAAUGCUUCUGUAUCUUUUCCACAAUUGAUUCGAUUCGAACACAUUUCUUUUUUCUCUGUAUCUCUACAUGUUCUUCUACCAGCGAGCUCUACCUUGACUUCUACAACUUUUCUUUACAGUAACGAACUUAACAUGUGCUGCACAACCUGCUUUCUCUAAAAUUAAACUAUUACAGACGUACUUUCUGAGAUCUUUCAAGUAUAAUACCGAAGGCAGUCGACAAAAGAAUUUAGUAAAACGCUGGCCGCACAAGUGCUCUUUGGGAUUUCGAUUUGUGGUGUUCGACAUGAUUCGAUGUGUUGCUGGAUGUUGAUCAUGAGGUAAUUAAAGGGCGCUCAGGUUCUGUGCCACCACGGCGAAUAGCACGUUGCAAAAAUUCUGCACAACCCUAUCGUUCACAGAAAAGCAAUUCAGCAAAAAUUUGCGAUAGACAAUGAUGGAACAGCAGGAGCAGGCCACCGAGACCUUCGAGGACGAGGUAAUCCGGAGCGUGGUCCGCCAGAUCCGCAGCGCUUUGAAGAUUCCGACGGACAUUCUGGAAAGCCGGUGGCGACAGCACCUCGCUGCGGAGUCUGAGGAGCGACAUGACGUCCCAGGCACGAGUAGCGGCUCUUCAGCAGCGCACGAUCGCGGACCACCAGGAGGCCCACCUCUAUUGCCCAGAAAGAAGGAGCAGCUGCAACCGUGGGAGAUGUUUUCAGCCAAAGCAAGGGCGCUACAAUCACGACGACCCGCAGAGUCGGAGAAAGAUGCAAAGGAAGGUGCUCGGAACGAUCCUACAACGGGGCGUGUAGCGCACAAGCAGGGCAGCGCGGCACAAGCUAGCAAGCCUGCGACAUCCUCGGGGGCCGCAAACAAGAGAAAGCGGUCCGACUCUUCUUCGUCCGAAGACGAACUUCUAGAGGACGACGACCUCGAGGAAGUCGUUGGGGCUGCGACAAACAAAAGCGUAAAGGAACCACCUCAGCUCGACGGCCAAACGGAGGGGUCAAGGGAAAAUUUCUCGCCAGGGGACAACUACCAGGCCGAUUUGGCCGUAAGUGCGGCUGCUUUUUUCGACGGCGAAGAUGAUCUUGCCGUCCCUGCCAUUGUCGGUGCCGGCAGCGCCCUCGGCUCAACGAACGGCAUAGACCGGCUCGACGAAAUGCCUGCUGCGUUGCUUCCUUUUGGUUCAAACGCCAGCAGUAGAGAUCAUUUAGGGAAGGGCGGCCUCCUCGCUCCUGGGCCGCCUCAAUCGCUGCAAAAGCCGGAGAAUUUCGUCGUGGGCCGGGGGAGCCUUGAGCGAAGGGACAAGACGAAGUGGCACGUGCGGCUCGAGACCGGUUUUAUUUCCCUCCAAAACGGUCAGCGCGAACUUCUCUUCAAAGAAGGAGAGGCGAAGCUGCAUUUCUGAAUCAGACGACAACCUUUGAUAAGCCUGUUUUUAUUCUGCAUCAUCAACGAGUGAAAAAACUAGAAUUUUUUUGCGCGAGAAACGCUUAUUCUCUGUGUUGCCUGAAGACGGAAGUAGUACGAA